AUGGGUAGAGGAAGAGGCAGAGGCAGAGGAAGGACGGCGGCCAUUGCCAGGAGCCAUGAAGACAAAGGAAGCAGCGGUGAAGAGGUUGUGCCCGCGAGAAAGAGGAGGGGAAGGCCGCAGAAGCACUUCGCCGAUAAAAUCGAACAGGUUGAUGUUGAGAAUUUCGUAGAAGACGUCGAUGGCGGCGAUGAAGAUGGCAAAGAUGUUAAACUGAAUGCAAGUGCUGGUGUGAAGAGAGGCAGGCCACUGAAGGAGAGCCCCAACAUCGUCCUGGAAGAGAACAGCAAUUCCAGCGUUCGAUCAAGCAGCGACGAGUCAGCUAGGACCAAUGGGUUCAGGCAGAUUGGGAACCGGAGGAAGAGCACGCCCCGGCGAGCAGCGGAGGCAGGGCUAGAAUGCAAGUGA